AUGGACAGGCUAAUCAAACCCGACGUGCAGACGGUCGACUUGUUCUUCAACAGAGGCGUAAAGUGUAGCCAGACUUUCAAGCUAACCAACCUGAUGCACGCCAUGCCUGUGGCCAUUUCCCUCACAACUUCCAACCCACAAAUCCUCUCCUUCCACCAACCUUUCUCUAUUCUCCCACCUCUCUCAACUUCAUCAUUCCUUAUCCAACUGAACAAGCCAUUUGAUCAGCCUCCUCUCUCCACUCCUCCGGCCACAAUUCUAGUACGAUCGUCCACUCUUCCCACUGGAAAAGCCCAUCAAGAUGAUCUCCGUCGCCUCUUCUCCAAGCCAGGGCCGCACAUAUUCAAGGAUGCAACUCUCCCUAUCCACUUUGUCGGGCCACAGGCUGCGGAGUUUCUGCUCACGUCUUCAUUUGAGACCAUAUACAUCAAUUCUGUUUUCUCAAAGGCAAUCUCUUGCUGUGAUGAAUCUCAGCUCACUUCUUUGCUCAGCGUGGCUGCUAUUAAUGGGAAUUCCCACUUCAUUUCGGCCCUGAUUGAGGCCGGAGCUGAUGUUAAUGAUAGGGAUCCGGAGGGAGAGUCCAUAAUGUCCUUGGCUGUGAAGUCAGGAAAAGCUGAUGCUGUGCAAGUCCUGAUUCAAUCUGGUUAUGUAAUCGAUAACAUGAUUGACCGUUUUUUACACGUUGCCGCGGCUAUGAACAAGGUUGACAUACUGGAGAUUCUCUGUCUCAGCUACAUGGAUAUCGACUUGGAUUCAGUAAAUUCUCGGGGCCAAACAGCCCUUCACCUUGCAGCAAUUCAUGGUCAAGUUGAAGCCAUGCAGUUUCUUGUUUCAGUAGGGAGCAAUGUCGAUAGCACGGACUGUUUUGGCUGGAGUCCCCUCCAUUAUGCUGCACAAGAAGGCCAUUUUGAGGCAGUAGAGUUCUUGCUAAACCACUUGGUUUAUUCAAAAUACGCGGUCACUAAAGAAGGCCAGACUGCGUUUGCCUUGGCAGUCGAAAGGGGCAACUCGGACCUAUACGAUUCUUUAUGCUUAGGGGACCUGUUGCAGAGAGCUGCAAGAAUAGACGACGUGCAUGCGAUCAAGAGUUGCCUGGAUCAAGGGGCUGACAUUAACGGAAGGGAUCAAAACGGUUGGACUCCUCUGCACAGAGCAGCAUUCAAAGGGAACAUUGAAAGUGUGAAGGUUUUGGUUAGCCAAGGAGCUCGUGUUGAUGUUGUCGAUGGCUGGGGCUAUACGCCUCUUCUACGGGCAGUUGAGGCCGGAAAUGUGGAGGUUGCCGUUUAUCUUUUGUCCCGUGGGGCUAAAGCCAACCUCAAGAGCCUCAAAGGGAGGUUGCCCUGUGACUUUGAGUGUCUCAAGAACCAUCCUUCUCUUGUGAUCCCUUUAGACCAAGCGAAAGAAAUGGAUUAG